AUGGCCGGGCUGCAGCCGCCCGGCGAGGGGGAUCUCUCCAUGCUCUCGCCGCCCCCGGUCCCCGGCGACCCCCGGCGGGUGGAGUUCGUCGCCCUGACCGAGGUGCAGACGGAGAAGAACGAGCCGCCCGCGGGCAGCCCCCGGCGCCUGGGUCUGCUGGGGACCCCGCUGCCAGCGCCGCCCGGCGGGGCAGCCGCCCGCUCCGCCGCGCACAAGCGUUACCGGCGCCUGCAGAACUGUCUGUACAACGUGCUGGAGAGACCCCGCGGCUGGGCGUUCAUCUACCACGCCUUCAUAUUCCUCCUAGUCUUCAGUUGCUUGGUGCUGUCCGUGUUCUCCACCAUCCCAGAACAUCAGAAACUAGCCAACCAAUGUCUGUUCAUCCUGGAGUUCGUCAUGAUUGUGGUGUUCGGCAUGGAGUACAUCAUCCGCAUCUGGGCAGCUGGUUGCUGCUGCCGUUACCGGGGCUGGCAGGGGCGGUUCCGCUUUGCCAGGAAACCCUUCUGCAUAAUAGAUUUCAUCGUGUUCAUUGCCUCGCUGGCCGUUAUCGCCGCCGGCACGCAGGGGAAUAUCUUCGCUACCUCGGCACUGCGCAGCAUGCGCUUCCUGCAGAUCCUGCGGAUGGUGCGCAUGGACCGCAGGGGGGGCACCUGGAAGCUACUGGGCUCAGUGGUCUAUGCCCACAGCAAGGAGCUGAUCACAGCCUGGUACAUCGGCUUCCUGGUGCUCAUCUUCGCCUCCUUCCUCGUCUACCUGGCCGAGAAAGACGCCAACACGGAGUUCGCCACCUACGCUGACUCGCUCUGGUGGGGCACAAUCACGCUCACCACCAUCGGCUACGGGGACAAGACCCCCAAUACGUGGCUGGGCAGGGUGCUGGCGGCCGGCUUCGCGCUCCUGGGCAUCUCCUUCUUUGCUCUGCCUGCCGGGAUUCUGGGCUCCGGCUUUGCCCUGAAAGUCCAGGAGCAGCAUCGCCAGAAACACUUUGAGAAGAGGCGGACGCCGGCAGCGAACCUGAUCCAGGCUGCCUGGCGCCUGUAUUCGACAGACGUGAGCCGAGCCUACCUGACCGCCACCUGGUGUUACUAUGACAGCAUUCUCCCAUCCUUCAGAGAGCUGGUCCUUAUGUUUGAGCAUUUGCACCGAGUCCGCAACGGAGGAGUUAGGAAUUCAGAGGUGAAAAGGUUUCCUGACGGAGCCCCACCGCCAUAUCACUCCUUCACCUCUGGCCAGAAAACCAUCGCCCCUGCUUUUUGCACUGGGGAAAGCAACAAAAUGGGCAUCAAGGACCGCAUCCGCCUCAACAACUCGCAGAGGCAGGGCAGCCGGGGAAAGCAGCACCUGGCCCCGCCCAUGCGCCGCUCCCCCAGCACCGAGAACGUGCAGGAGGCCUCCAGCCCCACCAAGGUGCAGAAGAGCUGGAGCUUCAACGACCGCACCAGGUUCCGGGCGUCGCUGAGGCUCAAACCUCGGCCACCGGUGGAGGUUGACGGCCUGGUGGAGGAGAGCACCGAGGAGAAGGGCUACCAGUGCGACCUGACCUUCGAGGACAUCAUGCCAGCUGUGAAAACGCUCAUUCGGGCUGUCAGGAUCCUGAAGUUCCUAGUUGCGAAGAGGAAGUUCAAGGAGACCCUGCGGCCCUACGAUGUCAAGGACGUCAUCGAGCAGUACUCAGCCGGCCACCUCGACAUGCUGGGCCGCAUCAAGAGCCUCCAGUCACGCGUGGACCAGAUCGUGGGAAGAGGAGCCAUUACUGUCGAUAAGAAGACCCGGGAGAAGGGAGAAAAGUCCCUGGAGGCCGACCUGGUGGACGAGCUCAGCAUGAUGGGCCGAGUGGUCAAAGUGGAGAAACAAGUGCAAUCCAUAGAGCACAAGCUGGACUUGUUACUGGGCCUCUAUUCCCAGUGCCUGCGGAAAGGCUCCACGAACUCCUUUGCCCUGGCCGGCAUGCAGAUCCCCAGCUUUGACCCAGACAUCACCUCCGACUACCACAGCCCCGUAGAGCACGAGGACAUCUCAGUGUCCGCGCAGACCUUAAACAUCUCCAGGUCGGCCAGCACCAACAUGGACUGA